AUGAGUGAUGAUAAUAAUAAAAAUAGUAUUGAAAUUAAAGUUAUUACUCCUAAUGACAAUGACAACAACGAAGACAAUGGUGACGCACCGACGCUGACUGAUAUUAAAAAACUAGGCUGGGACGAUAAGGAUUUUGUCAAAUCUAAGCUUUGUAACAAUGAAAUUUCCGAUAAAGACAAAUCCGAUAUUCUUAAAGACAAGCCCAAGGUUUAUAUUGAUGAAAUUUCUAAUAAUCAAUGUGUUGUUAUACAAAGUGAACAUUGCAUAUUGUUCAAUCUAGAAAAAGGAAAAAUCAUCGAGUAUCCUAAGAAGAUUAGAAACAAAAUCAAACAUGAUAAAAGAGAAAAAGACAAAGAAAAAGAUGACGAAAAUGACAACGAAAAUGAAGGAAAAGGUCCACCUUUUGAAAAGGAAAAAGGUAACAAGAAGGACAACAAUAAAGACAAAGGAAAAAUUGAAAAAUACACAAAAGUUAUUUUUCAGAACAAUGACAAGUCAAACUCUAAAUUAGUGAAAUUAAUGAUGUUGAGAAGAAGUCAUAAAGAUGAAAAAAAGUAUAAAAUAUAUUCCAUGGAAUAUAACAGCAAUUCUGGUGAUUUAAAACUUCUUCAUACACAUAAUAUUUAUAGUGAUGAAACCCCAAGAAUUUAUUAUGAU